AUGAUAUUAUUAACAGAUCACGAUCAACUUUUUCCAGACAGUGAUAUACCAUAUUUUCGACAUUACGAGACAACAACAAAAAAUCAAGGAAAUACAAUAACUCUCCUUUUACAUGCAGAUGGAGCUCCGUUGGUACGAAGAACGAAAAAGAAACUAGAAUUGUCUGCUCAAAAACUAGAAUACACAAUGCUAACAGAUGUAGAAUCCGAUAUUGAUGCAAAUUUAACUCCCCAAAAAGAAAACUUAAUUGAAAAACUUUCAAACAAAAGCACUGUUCCAUGUAAACCUACAACAACGGCUUCUACUACAGGACGUUCUGUUAUAAAACAGAAACCGUUGUCGAGUUCAAGCGUUAAUAAUAAUGUAUCAGUAGCUCUAACUAUAGCAGCUACGGUCGAGAACAAUAUUCCAUCAAAUGAUUCAGACGACAGCGAACAAGAUUUAAGUGAUGAUCAAGGCCAACAUGACAAAACGAAAUCAACGAGAAAGAAGAAACAAUCAUCAACGAAAGAUGAUGGAUUAAAAAGUGUUAAACGUUUACAUCCAAUGAAACUAGAAAUCGACGAUAAGCAUGAACCUACAGAGGAUGAAGUACUUCAACAAUUUCUAUCGUUUUUGAAAGUAUCAGAAUCAUCUAGUAGUAAAAAGAUGCAACGACAAUUGGAACAAAUAAUUAUUUCGCAGCAAAAAUGUGAAACCUUGUUGCGAGUUUUGUUUUCCAAUCAAAAAAAAUACAAAGAGAGUUUACCAAACGACGGGUAUGAAAUGUGUUUGUCUUAA